ACAAAGUUAAUCAACGAAGUUAAUACAAAUAAUAAAAUGCCAUUUAGGUAGGAAGCAGAAGGGUAUCACUGUCUUUUAACCUUUACACACCGAAUGAACCAAUCCAAUACACAUACAACUCCUUUAUAACACUCCACUUAACGCUCCUUCCCACUCCCAACCAAAACUACCCAAAAUGAAGCUUAACCUUCAAAACUCCGCCUCUUCGGCAACCGUCCUUACGACAGUCCUACUACUCAUUCUAGCCAACAUCGAGGCAGCGACAGCGGCAUUGCCGCCAUUCGCUUGCGAUGCAUCGAAUCCAACCACUAAAAAAUACGCAUUUUGUAGACCAAACUUGCCUAUUAGACAACGCGCCAAAAAUUUAGUAGCGCAUUUAACGUUAGACGAGAAAGCCUCUCAGUUAGUAAAUACUGCCCCUGCUAUCCCCCGCCUCGGCAUCCCGGCUUACGAAUGGUGGUCCGAGGCAUUGCACGGGGUAGCCGAUGCCGGUCCCGGUGUUUCUCUUAAUGGUAGUAUUCGUGGUGCUACUAGUUUUCCUCAAGUUAUUCUUACUGCUGCUUCAUUUGAUGUUCAACUUUGGUACCGCAUUGGUCAGGCAAUAGGAAAAGAAGCAAGAGGGGUAUACAACCAAGGACAAGCACGAGGAAUGACAUUUUGGGCACCUAACAUUAACAUUUUUAGAGAUCCAAGAUGGGGUCGAGGUCAAGAGACUCCCGAAGACCCUUUGAUGACGGGCAAAUAUGCAAUGUACUUUGUCAGAGGCUUGCAAGGUGACUCUUUUCGAGGCGGCCGGCCUCUCGGUCGCCUUCAGGCGUCUGCGUGCUGCAAACACUUUACAGCGUAUGAUUUGGACCGUUGGAAUGGUAACACUCGCUAUGUCUUUGAUGCUCAUGUGACUGCACAAGAUAUGGCAGAUACAUACCAGCCUCCAUUUGAGAGCUGCAUACACCAAGGAAGAGCCAGUGGCAUAAUGUGUGCCUACAAUCGUGUCAAUGGAGUUCCUAAUUGUGCUGAUUACAAUCUCUUAACUAAAACCGCUCGAGGAAAAUGGGCUUUUGAUGGGUAUAUUACGUCAGACUGUGAUGCAGUUUCGAUAAUACAUGAUGCUCAAGGAUAUGCUAAAACACCUGAAGAUGCAGUAGCAGAUGUCCUAAAAGCUGGAAUGGACGUAAACUGUGGUUCCUACCUGAAAAACUACACAAAAUCAGCAGUACAACAAAGAAAAGUGGCAGAAGCACAGGUAAACAGGGCACUUGAAAACAUGUUUGCAGUGAGAAUGAGGUUGGGUUUGUUUGAUGGCAACCCAAAAAAACUAAUAUUUGGGGGUAUUGGCCCCGCUCAAGUGUGCACCCGGGAGAGUCGGGCCUUAGCACUCAAGGCUGCUCAAUCUGGUAUCGUCCUGUUAAAGAACAGUAACAAGCUACUCCCAUUACCCAAGGGAAAACCCUCCUCCCUCGCUGUCAUAGGUCCCAAUGCCAACAAAGCUGAGACGCUUCUUGGCAAUUAUCAUGGGCAUCCUUGCACUUCUAUUACCCCACUUCAAGCAUUGCAGAGCUAUGUCAAGAACACAAGAUAUCACCCAGGAUGCAACAAUGUGGCUUGUUCCGCCGCUUCCAUCCAAGAAGCUGUGGCAAUUUCCAAGGGAGCAGACUAUGUUGUGCUGGUAAUGGGACUGGAUCAAACGCAAGAAAGAGAAGACUAUGAUCGCACAAGCUUGGUGCUCCCAGGUAAACAAUACAACCUCAUCACUCAGGUGGCUAGAGCUGCGAAGAGACCAGUGGUAUUGGUGAUCCUCUCGGGUGGUCCAGUUGAUAUAAGUUUUGCCAAAGUAGAUCCACACAUUGGCAGUAUCAUCUGGGCAGGGUACCCUGGUGAAGCAGGCGGUGUUGCACUCGCACAAGUCAUUUUUGGAGAUCACAACCCAGGUGGGAAAUUACCAAUGACUUGGUAUCCACAGCAGUUUGUCAAAGUGCCAAUGACAGACAUGAGGAUGAGAGCAGAUCCUUCCAAAGGCUACCCUGGGCGCACUUAUAGGUUCUACCGAGGCAGGAAAGUCUUUGAAUUUGGACAUGGUCUCAGCUAUACAACCUACAAAUACAAGUUCACUUCAGUUCCUCAAAAAAGUUUGAAUUUGAAUUCAGUGGGAAGUGCCAAGGUGGCUAAGAAUUUUGAUUCAAUGAGGAAUGUUGUUGUUGCUGAUAUGGAAUCAGAAUCUUGUAAGACAAUGCAAUUUUUAGCAACUGUUGGAGUGAAAAAUGAAGGGGAUAUGGAAGGAAAACACCCAGUGUUGUUGUACACUAGGCAAGAAAACACAACCAAUGGAAGUCCAAUGAAAAAGCUAGUUGGUUUUGAGAGUGUUAACUUGAAAGCAGGGGAAAAAACAGAGGUCCUGUUUAAUUUCAGCCCUUGUGAGCACCUGAGCAGAGCUGACGAAGAUGGGCUUAUGGUGGUAGAGGAAGGCACUCACUUUUUAGUCGCGGGUGAUCAAGAGUUUCCAAUCGCCGUUCAAAUUGCUUGACUGGUGAUUUAUUGUUGAAAACUCCAUGAACAUCAACACCAACCCACCAGAAGUUGUUCAUUCAAAACUUCUCACACCAAAGGAUUCAACUACUCAGCUAGUGUGAAGGAUCAGUGAUGAUCUAUAAAAUACUAGGCUGGGUUACUAAAUUAUAGUGGGACCCGUGAGUCAGAUGAAAUAUGCUUCUCUUUCUUCUACUACAACUUGGAAAUCAGAAGCUAUUGAGAAAGCAAACUGUUCAUUAAUUUCUGUAAUCUAAAACACAAAUAUGCAUCAGAUGAAGUAUGCUUUAAACAGUGUUCAUGUUUACACAGAAAAGUAUCUACAAGUGUCUUUCUUUGUAAUAGAUUGCUUAUCUGACUUUGUAUUUCUUAUUAAAUAAGGCAAACGAAAAAAAUAUGAAAGCUUGAAGUUGAUUGAAAAUGGCAAAAUACUUACAAAAAGAUAGGCUUAAUAGCCUUAGGCUAUCACUCUCUAA